AUGUCGUGUUAUAGUGGUUACGAAGAUCGUUCGUUCGAUUUCGAAGAGGACGAUAAUUCCUCCUUUGACAGUGGUUAUGAAAAAAGUUUCGAAACAGAGUUGAAUUGUAAGCGGCGUAAACUUAAUUUCGACAAUGUAACGGAUUAUAAUGGAACGGCGAAUACAACAUUGCCCUUGAAUAUAUCCGGUAGUGGCUAUAUGCCAACAAUGCCCAUGAAUUUCCCCAUGGGCAUGUCGGGCCUUUUCGAUAGCAACAGUAAUCACAGUACACGUAGCGGUAAAACUCUCGUCGAACACAUCAUCAGUAAAGCCCCUCCCGAGGAUUUGGAAUUUUCACCACAGCUCGGCGUGCAAACAUCAACACCCACCAAACGGGCCAGCAGCGGUGAAAGCAGUGAUGAGAAACCAACUGAACCACGGCCGAAACGUAAAUAUGCCGUCGGCCAGAAUCGCAUGACACGUUCGCGCAGUCCCAGCCAAAUAAUGCGCAUAAAAAAGUUCCGUCGUGUCAAGGCCAAUGAUAGGGAACGGAAUCGCAUGCAUAUGCUGAACGAUGCCCUGGAACGUUUACGGGUCACCUUGCCACAGCUGCCGGAAGAAACGAAAUUGACAAAAAUCGAAAUUCUCCGUUUUGCCUAUAAUUAUAUUUUCUCGCUGGUGCAGGUGCUUGAGAGUGGUGGCACCCUCAAUUUGGACUUGGAGAAAUUGCAGAAUUUCACUCUGAGUGGAGAGCGCAUCAACAAGGAGCUAUUUGAUGCUCUCUUUGUGAAUCCCCAGCCGGGUAUUUGGGGUAUGCUGGGUUCCGGUUUUAUGGGUUAUGGUCGUGUGCCCCAGCACCCCAUGCAUCAGCAAAUGGGAUUUAAUGCGGGGCCACCGCCGCCAGGAUAUCCAACGGCAAAUUAUCACAAUCCGCAACAUGUACCGGCACAAGCACCACCACCACCAUGUACAAAUGAAGUUCCUCAGGCGGCACCUGGUUUUACAUCUCACGAGUUCUUGAGCAGUAUGCGUCACUAUACCCAACAGCAGCAUCAGGCGCAUGCGCAAACGGAUCAUAAACCCGAUCCCAAUUUUUGCCAGCAAAAAUAUGAUCUGUUCAAGGAUACUUUUGAGGCAGCUGCUCAGUUGAAUACGACCCCGCAAUCAACGAAUUUCCAUCAAACGAGUAGUUAUUUCAAUCAGACGCCACCAUGGAAAGAUUUCAGCGAACAGGUAAUAAAUUCGGGACCACCUAAGGGUUAUGCCGCAUUUCCAACGGCAUAG